AUGAACGGCCACUUCGCUGCCGUCGGCGAGGAGCCGACCGCCCAGACUUUUGGUCACGGCAUCCAGGUGAUUGACGAAGACAAGGAAUUUACAACGAGCCUGAAUGCGUAUCUCCAGCAGACACAGGUGGCGCCGGCCGGCUUCAACUACCACCUCAUCUCCGUCUUUGGCUCGCAGUCAACGGGCAAGUCGACCCUGCUCAACCAUUUGUUUGGCACUGAAUUUAGCGUCAUGUCCGAGUCGGAACGUCGCCAGACCACCAAGGGCAUCUGGAUGUCAAAUAACAAGAAGGAAAACUCCAACAUGGCUGAAAACAUCCUCGUAAUGGACGUCGAGGGUACCGAUGGUCGCGAGCGCGGUGAGGACCAGGACUUUGAGCGCAAGAGCGCACUCUUUGCGCUGGCAACGAGCGAGGUCCUGAUCGUCAACAUCUGGGAGCACCAGGUUGGCCUGUACCAGGGCGCCAACAUGGGCCUGUUGAAGACUGUCUUCGAGGUCAACCUGCAGCUCUUCCUCAAAGACCGACAGUCGACGCCACGGUCGCUCCUCUUCUUUGUUAUCCGCGAUUUUAUCGGCAACACGCCCCUGGCCAACCUGCGCAACACGCUCGUGCAGGAUCUGACCAAGAUCUGGAGCUCCAUCGCCAAGCCAUCGGGGCUGGACGGCGCCAAGAUCGAGGAUUACUUUGACUUUGCCUUUGCCGCGCUGCCCCACAAGAUUCUGCAGCCGGACAAGUUCCUGUCAGAGGUGGCCCAGCUGGGCAACCGGUUCGUGGCGGGCCAGCGCUCAGACAAGGACCAGGAGUUUUCGGGCGGCGUGUUCAUCCCCGAGUACCACCGGCGGAUACCGGCGGACGGAUUCUCAGUGUAUGCCGAGAAAGUGUGGGACCAGAUUGUGAGCAACAAGGACCUGGACCUGCCGACGCAGCAGGAGCUGCUGGCGCAAUUCCGCUGUGACGAGAUCUCGCGCGAGGCUCUGGUCGCGUUCGAGGAGACCAUGGUGCCGCUGGAGGAGGCGCAGGCCGAGGCCGCGCGUCUGGGCCAUCCGAAGGUGCUGCCAGACCUGGGAGUCACAGGCAGCCAGAGUCGGGCCGCCUGUCUGGUGCUGUUUGAGACGCAGGCCAGCCGCUACCACAAGGGCGUGUACGCGCGCAAGCGGACGGAGCUCGAGGGCAAGGUGGACGGACGGCUCAAGGCGUUGUACCAGGGACAACUGGGGGCGGCACACAAGGCGGGCGUCGUCGCCUUCACAGAGGCGGUGACGGCAGCAGUGAAAGCUGGUCAGAAGGGCGGCGGCGCCUACGACUUUGCGGAGAUUGUGGAGUCGCAGAAGAGCAAGACGCUGGAGGCAUUCCAGACGGAGGCGCAGGGGCUUUCGAUCGAGGGCGUGGCGUGGAGCGACUUCAAACCGCAGAACAAGCUGUUCGAGAAGGACCUGGAUGCAGUCAGCGGCAAGAUGCGCAAGGAGGAGAUGCGGCGGCUGGCGACGCGGAUUGAGCGAUGGGUGAAGUCACGGCUAUCGGACUCGGUCGGCCUGGAGUUCAACAAGCUGGGCUCUGGCAGGGCAGGUGGCGGAGUGGUGCUGGAGGAUGGCGUAGCCGACAGCGGGCGAGAGAACGAGAAGCUGCCGGCGGAGAAGGACAUCUGGGAUCGAAUCUGGGCGCUGUUUUCGGGCGUGGUGACGGAGGCGCAGGGCCGGUUUACGGACCGGGCCAAGAGCUUUGACGCGAGCGAAGGCGAGGUGGAGGUGGGCCUGUGGCGGCUGCGGCGGAAGAGCUGGGUGGCGCUGCGGGAGAAGAUCGAGGAGGAGGUGAUGGAGGGGAACAUCCUGCUGAAGCUGCGCGAGAACUUUGAGGACAAGUUCCGGUAUGAUGAGGCGGGUGUGCCGCGGAUCUGGCGGCCAAGCGACGAUAUUGAGGGCAUCUACACACGGGCGCGCGAGUCGACCCUGUCGCUGAUCCCUCUGCUGGCUCGCUUCCGGCUGGCGGCGACAUAUGGACCACCGGACCUGUCGGACUGGAUCGGAGCACAGCCGGCGGCAGCGGAGCCGGAGGACGAGGACGACCUGACGCCGAUCGGUGGCAUUGAUGAGGACGAUGGCAAGAGCCUGGAGGAGGAGAUGACGGUGUUGAGCGAGGGCAAGCGGCAGGACCUGGUCAUCCGCUUCAAGAAGACGGCCGACGGGGUGUAUGUGGAGGCCAAGCGCGGUGCUCUGGGCGGUAUCACGCAGGUGCCGCUCUAUUUCUACGGCAUCCUGUUGGUGUUGGGCUGGAACGAGAUUCUUGCAGUGCUCCGAAACCCCCUGCUGUUCGUCGUGCUGCUCAUCGUCAUGGGCGGCACGUAUAUUGCGUACAGCCUGGCGCUGCUGGGCCCGAUGAUGCAGAUGGCCAACGCUGCGUCCAACCAGGCGGUGGACAUUGGCAAGCAGAAGCUGCGCGACUUCAUUGAGAACUCGGACACGGCUCGAGAUGCCCUGUCCAUGCCUUCGCGUAACGGCACGGCUAUCAGCAUGGACACGCUGGACUCGCGUGGCAAGCGACAGCCGACAAUCGAUCUGCUGGACGACGAGAUCUGA